AUGAGCCCUUUCCUUGGAGACGACGGCCAUUCUUCGCCUGACAAGGCUGAGCCAUCUGGAAUCAGCAUUGCUAUCGAUCGUGGCGGCACGUUCUGCGAUGUGAUUGCACAAAUUCCAGAGCAAGAAGAUAUCAUCUUCAAACUACUGUCUGUCGACCCUCAACAUUACACUGACGCUCCUACGGAAGCCAUACGGCGGAUUCUCGAGAAAGUGGAAGCUCGACAAAUACCAGUGGUAGAGAAGCUCGAUGGGUCUCGAAUUUCAAGCUGCCGAAUCGGAACGACCAUAGCGACAAAUGCGCUACUGGAACAGAAAGGCGAGAAGUUUGCUUUUGUCACCACGAAAGGGUUCCGAGAUGUAUGCGUUGUUGGAGACCAGACGCGGCCGAAGCUUUUCGAUCUGAGAGUUGUGAAGCCGAAGGCUUUGCAUGAUACAGUCAUUGAGAUCGAUGAGAGAGUCACGGUUGAAGACUUUGAUCUUAAUCCCUCCCCUUGCUUGCAAGAAGAACUCCUACAGGAUGCUGAUGUUGUCAAGACGGCAAGCGGCGAGUUGAUACGAGUCUUGCAACGUCCCAACGAGGAGCGUGUGAGAACGCAGUUGUUCCAACUCAAAGACCAGGGAUACCGCUCAGUCGCCAUUUGUCUCAUGCACGCCUGGGCUUUCCCCGAUCAUGAGCAGGUCAUUGCUAGAAUCGCUAAAGAACUUGGGUUCGAGAACAUCACAACAUCCCACGAGACACAUCCGGCCAUCAAACUUCUUGAAAGAGCAACUGCCGUGUGCUCAGAGGCGUAUCUUUACCCAGUAGUGCAUGAUUACGUCCAACAGUUUGAGAAAGGUUUCGCACAGCUACCACAACGAGUCGAGUUUAUGUGCUCGAAUGGAGGCUUACGACAAGCACGGAAGUUCAACGGAAACGAGGCUCUGUUGAGCGGCCCUGCUGGUGGUGUAGUCGGCGUCGCCGAAUCAUGCUUUGAUUCCGAAUCCCAAGUACCUUUACUCGGAUACGAUAUGGGUGGAACUUCUACCGACGUCUGCAGAUACGACGGCAAAUACGACUUUCUCCAGGAAACCAAAAUUGCUGGUCGCAGUAUUAUCGCACCGAUGCUCAACAUAUCGACCGUAGCAGCAGGAGGUGGCUCUAUUCUGUCACUACGGAACGGAUUGCUGGCCGUAGGUCCGGAAAGCGCAGGUGCUUUUCCAGGUCCGGCCUGCUACAGGAAUGGCGGACCUCUGACUGUCACUGACGCCAAUCUCUUCCUUGGACGACUUGUCCUGUCCUCGUUUCCGGCGAUCUUUGGAGUCAAUGCAGAUCAGCCACUGGACGUCGAUAUAGUAAAGAAGAAAUUCGAUGCACUCGCCAAAGACUUCCACAAGCAGACUGGACAGAGCAUGGCUGCACAGGACCUUGCUUUGGGUUUCCUCGAUGUUGCAAACGAAGCCAUGAGUAGGCCCAUUCGCAACAUCACAGAAGCCAGAGGCUAUGCUCCAGAGAGCCAUAACCUCGUCAGCUUUGGAGGUGCCGGAGGGCAACAUGCGUGUGCUAUUGCAGACAAGCUGGGCAUUGGCACCGUUUUGAUUCACAAACAUUCAUCCCUGUUAUCAGCUUAUGGAAUCGCGCACGCACAGCUGCAACAUGAGACAUCCGCUCCAUAUUCCGGAAACUGGUCCAUUGACGCACUGGGUAGCAUCCGAAGCCGCUUCGAUGCACUACGCGAGGGCGUUGAAAAGGAGUUGGUCUCACAAGGAAGCCGUCCUGACACCAUUACUUAUGACGAGAUUGUGAACUUGCGGUAUUUCGGCACUGACACAUCGCUCAGUAUCUCGAAGCCAAAAGACGAAGACUACGGCACAGCUUUCACGAGAGAGCAUGCUCGUGAAUUUGCAUUCACAAUGGACAGGCAGAUUGUGAUUGACUCUCUUAGGAUUCGAAGGACUGGCAACUCCGGCACAAUCGAGAAGCAGAGGCCGCCAACGAAGGAACUGGCUCUGGCUAAAUCACAGUCAAUGCCAUCUUCAUCCUCCGCUUCACAGGCGGUGUAUGUCAACGGCGCCGCUCACGAGACACUGGUAUACCAGCUAGACGAGGUUCCGAAAGGUACCAACAUUGCAGGUCCUGCGAUCUUGAUUGACGCGACGCAGACCAUCUUGAUUGAGCCGUCAUUUACUGCGUAUGUUCUUUCCAAUCAUGUCGCUCUGGAAAAGCAAUCGAUUCUCACACAAAAGUCGACGACGUACGAUGCUCUCAACGCUGUUCAGCUCUCCGUCUUUGCACAUCGCUUCAUGGCCAUCGCCGAACAGAUGGGCAACACACUUCAACGCACGUCGAUAUCGUCGAGUAUUCGCGAGCGGCUUGACUUCUCAUGUGCAAUCUUUUCUCCUGAGGGCAAGUUGAUCGCCAAUGCACCGCACAUCCCGAUCCAUCUCGGUAGCAUGCAGUUCGCCAUACAAGCUCAGCAUCGCCACUGGCAAGAAAAGCUGCAAGAAGGAGAUGUGUGCCUCACAAACCACCCUGAGUGGGGUGGGACGCAUUUGCCAGACCUCACGGUCGUCACUCCCUGCUUCGUUGAUGGAUCGAUUGCGUUCUACGUUGCCAGCCGUGGUCACCAUACUGACAUCGGUGGACGAGGUAUCACCAGCAUGAUGCCGGAAAGCAAGCAGCUCUGGGAAGAAGGCAUCAACGUCGAGAGUAUGAAGAUAGCCAGUGCCGGCAAGUUCCUCGAGGACGAUGUUCGGGCUGCGUUCCUUGCAGCGGGAGAUCAUCCUGGGUGUGCGUCAACGAGACGGAUUCAAGACAAUCUCUCGGAUCUCAAAGCGCAGAUGUCAGCCAACCAGCGUGGCUUGACCCUGAUCAAGAAGCUCUGUGAUGAGGUAGGGCUUCCACUCGUGCACCAGGCUAUGGAAGGCAUCCAAGCAAACGCAGAGAAUGCGGUGCGGACGUUCCUUCGCGAGAUGAGCACCAAACAUCCAGAACCGCUGCGAGCUGUGGAUCACUAUGAUGACGGAACACCUAUCAAGCUCUGUAUCACCAUCGACAAAGAAAGCGGGUCUGCCACAUUCGACUUUGAAGGUACUGGCCCUCAGAUCUGGGGUAAUUUCAACAGCCCCAUCUCUAUCACUCACUCCGCGGUCAUAUACACCUUGCGCUGCCUUUUGAACCUCGACAUUCCUCUGAAUGAAGGCUGCCUCACUCCAGUGACAAUCAAAGUCCCAAAGAACAGCAUCCUCAACCCAGGGCCGGGUGUUGCGAUUUGUGGUAGCACGAUUGCCAGCCAACGAGUGAUUGACACCAUCCUGAAGGCUUUCAAAGCUUGUGCCGCGUUCCAGGGCUGCGCAAGUAGUUUCGGCUGGGGCACAGGUGGGCGGGACCCAAUCUCGGGCGCUAUCACGCCAGGCUGGAACUUUGGCGAGGCCAUCGGAGGAGGCUGCGGUGCUGGACCUGGAUGGGACGGCGAGCAUGCAACUCAGGUGCAUUCAACGAACACAAGAAUGACCGAUCCGGAGGUAGUCGAGAAAAGGACCCAAGUCCUCGUCCGAAGAUCUGUGAUCAGGCAGGGUUCUGGCGGGAAGGGCAAAUGGAACGGGGGAAACGGAGUCACCAGGGAAAUCGAGGCUAGAAUCCCGCUGAAGUUCAGCAUCCUCAGCGACAGAAGAGUCUUUGCACCGUAUGGCAUGAGUGGAGGCGGGGACGGAAUGCCAGGGCGGAAUGUGGCUUUUAAGAGGGAUCCAACCUCGGGAGAUCUGGUUGAAGUUAAUCUUGGUGGCAAGGCUGUGAUCGAUCUGGAUGCUGGCGAGUAUAUCCAGAUCUCGACGCCAGGUGGUGGGGGAUGGGGAAAACCUUGA